GCUUCUGUGGGGUGGGGGGGAGAGAAGUACUUUUUAUUAGCCAUCUUUUGACUCCCUUUUCAUGCUCAUCUGCUAGGGCUACACUGUAGGUGCCCUUUAUGUAACUCCUUCCAAGGUUGAGAAAGUUAAUUUCCUCCUCCGAAUCCUCCUACCGCCUUAUCUUCCCAUUAUCUCCCGGCAAAUCCUGGCAAAUCCCCAUUUGGAUUGGGCUGGGUAUGCUGCCUCCCCCUGGUGGCGGGACGCCAGACGUGCAGCUCAUGUUAAUAAACUCUAAGCGAGCCACUUGCUGAUUGGGCGGGAGCCCGCUUGCACAGCUGCAUUUUUCAAGGUUUUAGCCCGGAGAGAAUGAAGAAAGGACAACAGCAGCAAUAAAGCAGCAGCAACACAGUAGCAGAAGCAGCAACAGAACAUCAUCAUCAGCAACAAAACAUCAUCUGCACCAACCAGCAUCUGCUACCAAAUCACCUCAUCACCUUGGUGAUUUUUUUUGGCCACCAUUCUGCCUUUUUAGCUUUGCUUUUUUUUUUCUUCCCUCCUUCUCUGUGAUUCUGAGUCCUUUAAAUAUCUACGAUGACAAUCAGACAUCAAGGCCAACAGUACAGGCCAAGAAUGGCAUUCCUCCAAAAGAUUGAAGUCUUGCUAAAAGAGAUGCAGAAUCCAGAAACGGGAGUCAAAAUGCAUGUACAGCGGCUGAUGAUCACCAGCAUUCCCCAUGCAAUGACAGGGAGUGACAUCUUACAGUGGAUCAUCCAGCGGCUUCAGAUCCUCAGCGAAGAGGCCCAGAAUCUGGGGAAUUUCAUCGUCAAGUACGGAUACAUUUACCCUCUGCAGGACCCGAAGAAUCUCACCCUCAAACCGGACCACAGCCUCUACCGGUUUCAGACACCCUAUUUCUGGCCUACUCAGCAGUGGCCAGCUGAGGACACAGACUAUGCCAUCUAUCUGGCCAAGAGAAAUAUCAAGAAGAAAGGGAUUUUGGAAGAGUAUGAAAAGGAAAACUACAACUUCUUGAAUAAAAAAAUUAACUACAAAUGGGAUUUUGUCAUCAUGCAGGCCGAGGAGCAGUACAAGAUGGGAAAGGAAAGGACAAAAGCAGAUAGAUAUUCCCUGGAUUGUCAAGAGAAAGCUUACUGGCUGGUUCACCGAUGUCCUCCGGGAGCACACAACGUCCUUGACUAUGGCCUGAACAGGGUGACUGAUCCAAAUGAAGUUAAGAAAAAAACAAUCAACUUUCUUAGAAAAGAGAUUAUGUACUACAAGCAGGCCCUCAUGCGGUCCACGGUGAAAUCUUCAGUCUCUCUUGGAGGAAUCGUGAAGUACAGUGAGCAGUUUGCUUCCAAUGAUCCGUUUAUUUCUGGCUGCCUCCCCAGCAACCCUUGGAUAACGGACGACACCCAGUUCUGGGACCUGAACGCUAAACUGGUGGAAAUCCCGACCAAGAUGAGAGUGGAGCGAUGGGCGAUUAACUUUAGCGAGCUGAUCAGAGACCCGAAAGGCCGACAGAGCUUCCAGCUGUUCCUGAAGAAAGAAUUCAGUGGGGAAAAUCUGGGGUUCUGGGAGGCGUGUGAAGAUUUGAAGUACGGAGAUCAGUCCAAGGUCAAAGAGAAAGCAGAGGACAUUUACAAGCUGUUCCUGGCCCCGGGUGCAAGGCGCUGGAUUAACAUAGAUGGCAAAACCAUGGACAUCACCGUCAAGGGGUUGAAACACCCUCAUCGCUACGUCCUCGAUGCUGCUCAAACCCAUAUUUACAUGCUCAUGAAAAAGGACUCUUAUGCUCGCUACCUGAAGUCUCCAAUAUACAAGGAAAUGCUGGCCAAAGCCGUGAAGCCCCAGGAGACCACCAGGAGAAGCUCCAGCCUCCCAUUUGGACGCCGCCAGCUCCGGUCCAGUCCCAGCCCGGUCAUCUUAAGGCAGCUGGAGGAAGAGGCCAAGGCGAGGGAGGCAGCCAACACGGUGGACAUCACCCAGGUCAUGAGCCGGCUGGACCGGAGGAGCCAGUUAACAAGGGAGUUGCCUAAAAAGUAGUGGGCUGAGGUGGGGGGUGGGGAAGUGGGUGGAUGGGGGACUGAAGCAGGGCCAGAGGGGCAUGGAGGGUCCUGCCUCUGCUCUCCAGCUUCCCCAUCCCAUUAGCACCUGCUCACCCUACACUGCCAGAUGCAACAGAGAGGGUGUGCCUCCGGAGGGAGGCAGCUCAGCAUAGUUCCCUGCCGGACCCGGGUGGGAGCCGUCUUUCUGCGCUGUGUCCCCUCCACCCCCCGGGCCCUUUCUAGAGUUUUCUAGAGCCCGUGUCUCCUGUAUCCCAACCACAUGUUCUUUCCACGAGUUGCGGUAUCAUUACCAUUUCCCUGAAACCCUCAGCAUGCCACUUGUGCUACUGUAUAGCAUCUUUUGUGGGGAAAUCUCAGAUUUCAGGGACAGCUCAAAAUUUUCUUAAGGUUUGCACUGAAGCUUCUUCAGGCAGAAUCCUCCAAUCCAGUUACAUAGGGCCUGCUUCCCUAGGCGUAUCUGAGCUCUCCACCUCAGUCAGCCGGUCAGUCAACCUAUUUAUCGAGAACUUACUGCAUGCAGAGCACUCUACUAAGCACUGGGAGAAUUCCAUAGAACAGUAUAACAAAUACAUUCCCUGCCCACAACAAGCUUACCAUCAUUCAUCUGUGUUCAGAAAAUCUCAAUGAAUGUUAAGGGAUUGCCCUGUAUCUGCAAAAGCAAGUUGCUUGUGCAAGGAGUAAGUAAUAGUGAUAUUUACUGAGCACUCACCGGGUACGUAGACUGUACUAAGCACUUUAAUGGUCAUUAUACUUACCUGCAGCCUCUAGCCUAAGCAACCAGAUGCAGACUUCUUAACGUUCAAGAGCAGGAUUGAUCAGCACCCAUCAUCUGUAACGGGUCUAGAAUAAGGUCCCCACAGUACUUACUAUGUGCUAAGCACUGGGGUAGAUACAGGAUUACGAGUUUGGACCCA